AUGAUGCCAUCCGGGCCCAAGGUACCGGGCGGGCAAGAAUGCGCGAUCGGGGAGGCGAAAAAGCCGGGCAGGGACCGAGAUAUGGCUUUCCAAGGACCCACCGGGCCGGAACGCACUGACUGGCCGACGAGGGAUCGUCUCCAGUCCCAGACCGUUCGAUCGCCUAUUUUAAGUUGGUUAGUAGCGUCCCAGCACCCGUAUUUACCGCUAAUACCACCUCCGCCCGCCGCCAUCAUCAUCUUCUCACUGCCCUCCGUCCUGUUCCGGGUACGGCGGCAACGCGGCAGGGAAUCUUCUCUGCUCGUCAUUUUUCUUCUUUAGUGGGAAGCUCUUCCAACGGUCGUCAUCACAAAACAUUCCCCCCCUCCCUCCCUUCCUAGACAUGAAAGAAGAGUAAGAGAAGAGGGGUGGCCAUGCUAGACGACAAGCAAAACAAUACAUGCGAGUAAAUACAAUAAAUAAAUAAAU